AUGCAACUAGAACCUGCUCAUCUUGUGUACGCCGCAUUUUGGACAUUUGGGUUGGUCAACAACGUGCUCUAUGUGGUUAUCUUGACCGCCGCAGUAGACCUGGUGGGACCUCAAACACCCAAGGCCGUGGUGUUACUGGCCGACGUACUCCCAUCGUUCUUGAUAAAGCUGGCAGCACCAUUUUUUAUCCACAAAAUCCCCUAUAACCGCCGAAUAACAUUGCUGGUUGGCCUGUCAACUGUGGGAAUGAUGUCUGUGUCACUAGCAUCUCCUCUGUUUCUCAAACUCGUGGGAGUGGUGCUGGCUUCUUUCUCUUCCGGUCUGGGCGAGGUCACCUUUCUCCAAUUAACCCAUUUUUACGAUACCAGGGCUCUCAAUGGGUGGAGCAGCGGAACUGGAGGUGCAGGGCUAGUGGGUAGCGGGCUGUUCAUGCUCUUGACCACGGUACUCGGAGUUUCAGUCAAGACGUCAUUGCUUGUCUUUGCAUUCUUUCCCCUGGCCUUCUUAGGAGUCUACUUCUAUCUCCUUCCUCCUAGAGAUUAUAACCGUGUACCAGGGGCCUUCCCUGUGCACAGCAAUGACCCUGAAACAGGUAUUGAAACACAGCCAAUCACCUGGGAGUUUGUUGCUUCUGGAUACGAAACUACAAUGGUCCGUUUGAAGCCGCUGGUUAUGCCUUACAUGCUGCCUUUGUUUCUGGUCUACUUUUCCGAGUACACCAUCAACCAGGGAGUGGCACCCACACUUCUGUUUCCCAUGGAAGAGUUGCCCUUUUCUAAGUUCAGAGAUGUCUAUGUGACCUAUGGAACACUAUACCAGUUGGGAGUAUUUAUCUCACGUUCGAGUGCACCAUUUGUGAGAAUUAGACGAAUUAUGAUCCCCUCAGUGCUCCAGUUUGCCAACCUCGUGUUUUGCAUUGCACAGUCUAUGUCACCGAUAUUACCCAACGUCUGGCUGGUGUUCAUUCUCAUAUUCUACGAAGGGCUGCUUGGGGGAGCUGCCUAUGUCAACACCUUUCUGCUGAUUACCGAACAGGCUGAUUUGGCAGAGCGAGAGUUUGCUCUUGGUAGUGUUGGUAUGAGUGAUUCUGCCGGUAUUGUUCUUGCUGGUCUAGUCAGUCUCUGGCUUGAGCCUGGACUGUGUAACUACCAGGUUAAUGAUGGUCGAGGUUGGUGCACUUUAGAAUAG